AAUGAGUGUGCGUUGUUAUUUUAGCCUUAGGCUUGCGCCGUUUUUAGCUCCAUGAGUCUUGGCCAAAUUGUUUCCUAAUCAGGUAGUUCCAGUGACAAUCCAUCCAUCAUCUAGAGUGGUGAUACGACCUAGCCAACGAAUGACAAUACAAGAUGAGGGAAAUCAUAGGCUCAAGAGGGCCCUGUCUCAGCUGUAUUGCUCGAGAUUACUUCGUCGCCUGUAUCGGCUCCACCUCUCCGGUCUUUCCCUUCCACCAACGCCAAAUAGUCUUGCACCAGAACCAGGUCUCCAUGGUCCCAAAACAACACAGGAUUGCAAUGACAAAUGCUUUCGUUCCUUUGCUCAUCCCCAGCGCUUCAAAGCUGAAUGCCGGGUAUUUAGUUGGUUCGUUCGAGUCCGGGUUUGAUGGGCUUGCCUGCUUGUUCGCGAGAAGGAUACGGGUCGAGAAGGAUCUGAGAGAGACUGAAGAUUCUCGAUAUGUGAUGAGAUGUGGUAAUCUCCGAGUGACGAAAAUACCAUUUCGGUGAGUCGCAUACAGCGGCAGGAGAGCUCGUGUAGAGAUUGAUGACAUGAUUGUUUUUUUUUUGAAUAGGCUAGGGUCAAGUGAGGACUUGUUUUCUGGAUUUCAAUGUUCCUUAGAUUACUUUGGGACUUGAUGUAUGAAGAAAACGAGAUAAGUAUUUACGGAAUUUAUAUGGAGGGAAUAGUCAGAUGGCACGGUGGAGGAUUGCUCCAUCGCCCGACACCAACCACCACGUAUUUGCAAAGCCAUCGGACAGUACCUUCCAGCAUACUAAGGAACAUGUCCGUCGGAUACCGCCGUUUAAUAACGGCAACAGAGGGCAUCCUUUCAUCAGCUUCAGUUAGAAACUCAUCCACACUUUCUGCACCCAACUUAAACCACAUUGUACCUACUGAAUCUCGAACCUCCUCUUCAACAACAGUAGACCCCGCACAAUUAGACCAAACCCUGACCCUCUCUGAUGGCCGCACCCUCGGUUUCGCCGAAUACGGCUCCCCACAAGGAAAACCACUUCUCUAUUUCCAUGGCUUACCAGCAUGUCGUUAUGAAAUCGACUUCCACGAGCUUGGUAUCCGGCAUGGCGCCCGAAUCUUCGCCCUUGACCGACCUGGAAUGGGGCUGUCAACGUUUCAACCAAACCGACAACUCCUUGAUUGGCCCGCCGACGUCAAAGAGUUCACGGGCAAACUGGGUCUAAACGAAUAUCGGGUUCUUGGUGGCUCCGGCGGAGGUCCUUACUCACUUGUGUGUGCAAGGGCCUUACCUAAGGAAAACCUGAAGGGUGUAGGGGUACUCGUCGGAUUUGCGCCCCUUGAGGCCGGCACACAGGGAAUGUCUCUCCGUUCACGGGUCCUGUGGAACCUGGGGAGAUGGUUCUCAGGUCUGGGGCGACUGUACACCGAUUGGACUAUUGUACCGGCUGCUCACCAUCCAGACCCGAAAGUCCUGGAGGGGCUACUAGUGAAAACGGUGAAGAAUAAUUUCAACGAAACAGACUCGUCGGUUUUUGAGGAUGAGAAGACCCUCAAACAUACAGCUAGAAUUGUACGGGAGAGUUUUCGACAGGGAUCCCAAGGGUAUGUUCAGGAGUGUAAGAUCCUUACAAGGUCGUGGGGCUUUGACUUACGAGAGAUUGACUUCCCUGGGAUUCGGUUGUGGUACGGUGAUAAUGACCAGCACACUCCGAUUCAAAUGGCUCGAUGGAUGGCGGAUAGGAUCGAGGGAUCGGUCUUAACCGAGUGGAAGGGUUACAGUCACUUUACUUUUACGGAUGAUCAUACUGAACAGGUUGUGAGAGGUAUGCUGGAAACGUGAAUAUAGUGUGAGAUAAGAUCUUCGAUGUAUAGUAUAGUCGUUAUUUGUAGAAUCUCUACUCUUUCUUUUCGCUGACUGAUGACUGCAUAUCAGGUUCUAGGUAAACACACAUCAAGGGAAUAUACCGGACAAGGAAUCCUAGUGUCAUCCCAAGU